AAUAACCCCAAAAUUCGAAUUUUUUCGGGUUGCCCAGAUUUCCGUAAUUGCAGGGCCGCAAACUUUCACAGAUUGGGAGAUUGAGCGGAAAAAACAAUUGUUAAAAAUGGUGUUGGUACUAGCCAUCGGUGAUCUGCAUAUCCCUCACAGAGCCGCUGAUCUUCCGGCAAAGUUCAAGUCCAUGCUCGUCCCGGGAAAGAUUCAACACAUAAUUUGCACUGGAAAUCUCUGCAUCAAAGAGGUUCAUGAUUAUUUGAAGAGUUUGUGCCCUAGCUUGCAUAUAACUAGGGGAGAGUAUGAUGAAGAAUCCAAAUAUCCAGAGACGAAGACUAUCACUAUUGGACAAUUCAAACUUGGUUUAUGCCAUGGUCAUCAGGUUGUUCCAUGGGGAGAUCUGGAUUCGCUAGCCAUGCUCCAGAGACAGCUUGAUGUCGACAUUUUAGUAAGUGGCCACACCCACCAGUUCAAGGCUUAUAAACACGAGGCUGGCGUUGUGAUAAACCCUGGGUCUGCGACUGGUGCAUAUAGUAGCAUCACCUACGACGUGAACCCAAGUUUUGUUCUCAUGGAUAUUGAUGGCCUGCGCGUUGUUGUAUAUGUUUAUGAACUCAUUGAUGGAGAAGUCAAGGUUGACAAGAUUGAUUUCAAGAAGACAGCUGCACCACCAUCUCAACCUACAAAUUGAUUGCUCCCUUGAAUACAAGUUUUCAUCCAAAUUUUAGGCUGUUGCUUCUUUUUCUUCUUAAUUUGAACCCCUUUUGAUCUUUGAUCAAUAUUAGGCCCUUUUUUUCAAAUCUAAAAAGUGUAUCUUUAGUCGUAUGAUGAUGCAAUGUUCAGUUAUCAUAAAAUUUGUACUUAUGACGAGUUGAACUUAGAACCUUGUGGUUACCAAACCCGACUAACUUGGCUGGGAUUGUCCCAUUUGUGCUUGAUUGUAGGUAGCAGAUGUUUUUAA